GGUUGUGGAUUUAUCACUAUUGGAUCAAGCACAUCGAACUGUAUUAUUCAAUACCCCUGAAGUGCAGCCCUACAUGCAGGAACAUAUGAUGCACCUGCAAUUAGGGGAUGCAGAUUGUUCUGAAACAGAGCAUUUCCUUACGUUCACUAAGUGGUUUCAACAAAAGGAUCACAUAACCAGUUAUGUCUGCUGCUGAAGAAGAUCUGAAUGACUGGGAAACUGAGGAGGAAGAAGAUAAGUAUGUUGCGAGACCGUGUAGGAGACAAAAGACAAAGAAGAAACUUUUGCUCAAGAAGGCUAGUGAUGACAAAGUGAUUGUCCAGGCAAAUGAGUUUGGUGUUCUUUCAGGUGAUGGCUGGACUGAGUUGGCCAAUUAUAUAGGAGUUGUAGUUAGAGAUAAUGUGUCGAUACUAUUUGAUGAUUGGAGACUAGUAAAAGAUCAACAGAAAGAGAAGCUAUGGAAGCAUAUUAAGAAAUUGUUUGUCGUGAGUCCUAAGGGUAAGAAGCAAGUUUUGAGUACAAUGGGAGUAGCUUUGAGGAAUUUCAGGUCUACCUUAAGGAAUGAAUUCAUCUUCCCGCACAAGGACAAUUUGAAGAUGUUGCGCUUACCUCCAAAAGAGUACGAGC